AUGGCUGACGAAGAUCGCCGUCCAAAACGCUCUCGCUUCGACCAAACCACUCCGGAGCCUCGGCGACAGUCGCGGUUCGACCGUCGUUCUCGGUCCCCUUCGUCGCGACAAUCCGAAACCACUCGAACUCGCAGCCCUCUCAGUCGCGAGCCUCGGAGCCCUGGUGCUGGCAGCAAAGCGGACCCGGUUGCUGCAGCUGCUGCCGCUGCCGCCAAAAUCAACGCCCAGCUGCAGGCUAAAAAAGGAAUACAACAUGUCGAAGUGCCUCCAAUUCGCGCCACAUCCAGCCCAUCCCAAUCAGCUACUCCCACUGGCGGGGAUGCGAAACUCAACGCCGAAAUAUACGUUGCCGACGGGGAUUAUAUUAAGGACAUUGAGAUCAAUGACCUGCGCAAUCGCUACACACUGACCAAAGGAUCUACGCAGAAGAUGAUCAAAGAUGAAACUGGCGCCGAUGUUACUACGCGAGGAAACUAUUAUCCGGACAAAAGCAUGGCCACAGCAGCGAACCCCCCGUUAUACCUCCACGUGACGAGUACCUCGAAAGAAGGACUCGAAAAAGCGGUCGCGCUGAUUGAAGAUCUUAUGAAGAAAGAGCUGCCCAAUCUAGUGGAUGAACGACGAUUUCGCCGCCGUGAACCAGAGCAAGUUGAGCGGGAUGAAUUUGGUCGCCGCAAAUGGCCUGAAGAGAAAAUACCCGUCGGCCUGGAGCCAAUUCCUGGAUUUAACCUUCGUGCGCAAGUCGUCGGGCAAGGUGGUAUGUACGUAAAACAUAUCCAGCAGCAGACGAGAUGCAAGGUUCAAAUUAAAGGCCGGGGAUCUGGUUUCUUGGAACCCAGCACCGGCAGGGAGAGCGAUGACGCUAUGUAUUUGCACGUUGCUGGCCCCGAUCCCAACGAGGUCCAGCGCGCAAAGGCGCUAUGCGAAGACCUGCUAAAUAACGUCCGGGAACGCUACCAAGAAUUCAAGGAUAACCCCCCCCAGCAUGGUGGUUAUGGUGGUGGCUACGGAAAUCGUGGGAACCGCCACGAUAACUACGGAGGAGGUUACGGCGCUGGAUAUGGAAGCCAGCACCAGCAUUCGCCCGCCCCUGCGACAGCCAGCCCAUCAGGACAAGGAACCCCUGGAGCCGCAAGCGCAGCCGACUACAGCGCGCAGUAUGCCCAGUACUACGGAUCUGACCCCUACGCUGCGUACGGCGGUUAUCAGAACUACGUCGCCUACUACCAAUAUUAUCAGCAAGCCGCACAGCAGCAGCAACAGCAACAGUCGCUGAGCCCUGCUCCUCCGCCUCCCCCGACAUCUGAGGCUCCUGUGCCUCCUCCCCCGGGGUCAGGAUCCCCCCCGCCUCCACCUCCCGGUGGCAGUUACAGUGCCGUACCACCACCCCCAGGGCUUUAAUCAUUAUUCAAUGAUGCCCCCUUGGAUAUCGAAGUUGUUAGCAAUGGUCUAUUGCCGUCUAAUCUACCCCUUAUAUCCUAUGGUGACGUUUAAGCUUGAUUGUCGUCCUGUAUCUAUACCGUUACUCGCACCUAACUGGUUUGUGACUUGGAAAAAAGGAAGGAGUAGCGGGGAGUAUUAUAACUUCCAAAGAUGGUUUUGUCGUCAAAUGAAAGUCGUCGUCAAAUG